AUUAGACGUGAGUUCUGUGUCUUAAAGGAAGAGCACAGCAGAGUAUUGAUGCAAAUGCAGGAGCAGUCGGCGCACAUCCAACAGCUUAAAGACCAAAACGCUUUACUAAAAGCACAAAAGAGCGCCAUUUCUCCGCUCAAUAUUAGCGCUAUUGACUCCUCAUUGCCAUCCGAUGCCAAUAGCAAUGAGUGUCAAGAAUUAAGACUUGAGAUCCAGAAUCUGUUGCAACAAAUUCAGACGCGAGAUAACGAUAUUACAGCUCUCAGAAAUGAGUUGUCAGUCAAAGUACAAGAAUCGAAAACAUCCGGUGCUAUAGAAUUACAAACUGAAAAUCAAAACCAAAACCAAAAUGAAGGUCUUUUGAAUGAAAACAGAGAAUUGCAAGAAUUGGUAUCAAAGUUGAAGUCGGAUUUGGAUAUCAAUCAAUCAAAGAGUUCAUCAGAUAGUGAACUGUUAGCU